CGCCGGGCGCGCAGGCAGCGCGCAGGCAGCGCGGGCGGAUGGAGUAGGGCGGGCCGGGGCGCAGCGCCGCGCUCCCACGCGUGUCCCCGCUGCCGCGGCGGGCCGGGAGGCUGCCCCACCGCCCCAGGUUGAUGUCACCAUGCAGCACUAUGGAGUGAACGGCUACUCGCUGCACGCCAUGAACUCGCUGAGCGCCAUGUACAACCUGCACCAGCAGGCAGCUCAGCAGGCCCAGCACGCCCCCGACUACCGGCCCUCCGUGCACGCCCUCACCCUGGCAGAGAGACUGGCUGACAUCAUUUUGGAGGCACGUUAUGGGUCCCAGCACCGCAAACAAAGGCGAAGUCGCACGGCCUUCACCGCCCAGCAGCUGGAGGCCCUGGAGAAGACCUUCCAGAAGACUCACUACCCAGAUGUGGUGAUGAGAGAGCGGCUGGCCAUGUGCACAAACCUGCCUGAAGCCAGAGUCCAGGUCUGGUUCAAGAACCGGAGAGCCAAAUUCCGGAAGAAGCAGCGCAGCCUGCAGAAGGAGCAGCUGCAGAAGCAGAAGGACUGUGAGGGGAGCCACAGUGAGGGAAAGAUGGAGCCCCCUGUGCUGGAGACCCAGGCUCCCACCCCGGACACUGAGAAGGUCCAGAGCCUCCCCAGCGAGGUGGGCACUGACCUCAACCUGACUCUGUCGGAGCAGUCUGCCAGCGAGUCGGCACCCGAGGACCAGACCGACAGGGAGGAGGAGUUCAAGAGCACCUUGGAUGAGGCCAAAGUGGACAAGAGCCCUGGUGUGGACAGCAAGACUUUGAACUGCAAGAGAGCGAGCCCAAAAGCAGAGUCCCCUAUCAGCGCGACUGUGACGCCUUCGUCCAGCAGUGGCCUGGCUCAGACUCACUCCUACUCCUCCUCGCCCCUGAGCCUCUUCCGCCUGCAGGAGCAGUUCCGCCAGCACAUGGCAGCCACCAACAACUUGGUCCAUUACUCCUCCUUUGAAAUGGGGACACCGUCUGCCAUGCCCUACUUGGGCAUGAACGUCAACAUGGCCCCGCUGAGCUCCCUGCACUGUCAGUCCUAUUACCAGUCGCUGUCCCACGCUCAGCAGGUCUGGUCCUCCCCCAUCCUGCAGGCCUCCAGCUCCCUGCCGAGCCUGAACAGUAAAACCACGAGCAUUGAGAACCUGAGGCUCCGGGCGAAGCAGCACGCGGCGUCCCUGGGGCUGGACACCCUCCCCAACUGACUGCCCCCGAGAAGGUGCCCCGAGGCUGGCACUACACGUGGCACUCCUUGGAUCCCCACUCACCCCCACCUCUUCCUGGAGUGAGGUGCUCCCUUGCAGGGAAAACUUGGCGUUCAUUAACGUCUUACUAGCACCACGGUUGCGUCAGACAUUGCUACUGGCCUGGUCUUCACUAAAUAUUUAAUGAGUAAGGGGGAGAGGAUCUGUGUUCAGACAGGUGGACUGUCCUCUGGACUGCCAUGAGUUCAGCCUGUAACGUUCAGGAGGAGCCCCUUGUCCUCAUCCCCUCGAUAAGGUGCCAACUGUGUUCUGUUCACCUUUUCUUUUGUUGCUGUUGUUACGUUCUUUGGGGGAAGCAAGAGUCCUGCUUCGUCUUGUAUAUAGUUUAUAAUGUUGACAGCACCCAUCAUCUGUGUGUUACUGUCAGUGUUACAGAACUGUGACCUCUUUUGCUUUUACUCCCCUUUCCUUUUCAAUUUUAGUAGCUAGUAUCAGAGUUACAAAUCAGCCAU